AAGUUACUACGAAAAUGGUACCGUCUUCGACGAGGGUCUGCCGUACGCCAAGCGUCCACUAGGGAAUCCUUGGUCGAGCCACCAUCACCAGCACGCGCCCAACCACCAGUAUCACCACAAUGCCCACCACCAGCCGACGCAACAGCAGCUCCCGCAUCAGCAACAUCACCCGGGUGACAUACCGUACUGUUGGUACUCAACGCCCAACCAGCAUCCGCACUCCAUCAUCCCGAGUUUGAUGCAACCCGGCUACCCUGGCGCGCCCCUGCCGCACCAGCAGCCGGCCAUCGCUCACACCGCUACCUCCGCCGGAGCACCGGCCGGCCACCAACCGUCGUCUUUGGCCCAGAACGGCUCGUCGAGCCUCGAGGACGAGUGGAAGAACAUCCACGUGAUGCUUAACUGCAUCCUGGGCAUGGUGGACAAGACCAAGCGCGCCCUGGCCAUUUUGCAGAAACGCGGCUGCACGAGCCCAGCUUCUUCCUCCUCCUCCUCCUCCACAGCCAACGGUGGCAACCACCAGGCGACGAACGGCGGUGGGCCAGCGCCGAGCAACGGGAGCCUGGAUUGCGGCGAGGGCACGUUCAAGCGGCUGUCGGGCGAGAUUGUCGCCCAGACCAUCCGAGCCACCGAGGAUCGCGUAGCCGAGGUCAAGAGGCGAGCCGAGGAAGCGGUGCAGGAGGUCAAGAGGGCAGCGGUGGCGGAGGUGCAGAGGGCCGUGGCCGCCGCGAUGGCGGAAUCCCGAGCCAACGAGCGACUCCGGGGUCAGAGGUACCUCGAGGGACCGCAGCAGCCGAGGACGGGCCAAAAGCACGGCAGACCCGGCCCGUUUUUGAGACUCGCCGACGCGAGAACCGCCCCCGGGGCGCCCACGACCACCACGGGGGACGAGCCGGAUAAGGACGCCCACCAUUCGGGCGCUGUGGCCACGGGCUGCUGGAACUGCGGUAGACAGGCCCUGGAGACCUGCGGGGGCUGCGGGGUGGCUCGUUACUGCGGCUCCUUUUGUCAGCACCGCGAUUGGGAGGCCGGUGGGCACCACGCGACCUGCAGCAGUACCAAAGCCAACGGCCCGGCGGCUGGUCAACAGCAGCAGCAAGAUAGGGCCAGAUCGUCGACGCCGAGCCCACCGAGGGCCGCCAGUGCGGCGAGUGACUCGGAUCCGGCCUCGAACAAGCCAACCUCGACGAUCAGGGUGACCAAGUGA